AUGACUGUUCCAACUCCUACUCCCAUUUUAGCCAACAAUGCUAACGUUGUUGCUACUCUCAAUCAACCUACUGGCCUUCCUAGACCAGCGGAAGCUCCUCCUAAACGUAACCAGGUCAAAAAUGCUUGUACCAAUUGCCAAAAAGCCUGUAAGAAGUGUGAUGAUGCAAGACCAUGUCCACGUUGCGAGAAGUAUGGCAUUGCUGACUCUUGUGUUAACUCGGUAAGAAAAGAACGCAAGAAGGGCAUCAAGCGUGGUCCAUACAAGAGAAGACAAAAGAACAUUGGAGAAGAAAAGCCCAAAGAGCAACAACAACAGCAAGAACAACAACAACAAACACCCAUCUACCAAGCUCCUGCUACUCAACCCCCCACUGUAUCCGCUACAGCAAAUGUUGUUCCAACGGCUGCUACUGUCGCUCCUGACUUUGGCUAUCCUACUCAAUUGAGCCAAUAUGCCUCAUCUUACGAAUCCUAUGGCUACGCUACAGUCUACAAUACGGAUGGCACCAGCAAGGAAAUAGUCCCUGGCCAGUAUGUUCUCCCUGUAUACUCUGCUUAUCCUGCUCCCAUCUUGGUCAACGGUAACACUACAGCACAAGCUUCAACUGCAGGUGAGGCUACUGCUACUACAUCUGAUGCCAGCGGCAAGCCUGAUGCUUCUGAGUGUGCCAAAAAUCAACCAUUAACGCCCGUCCCUAGCACCUCCAACUCUUCAGGCACAACAUCCCCAUCUGAAACUCAUGACGAAGAUGAGCGAUUCACUCGUUUGACUCAACUUUGUACUGCUGCUCUUCGUGAGAACAAGGAAGCUAAAGAGAAGGCUCAGGCAUGUGCUGGAGGUGGUGAACAAAAUGCUGAGACUCUCGUCAAAGAAGAACCACAAUAA